AUGGGUUGGUCUGAGAGUUCAAACAUGUCUUCCAGCAGCUCCCAAACCCUAGCGAGUAUUGGGGAAGGAGGGGAGUGGCCGCCCAACCCGAGCCAUGUUAACCACACAGCUUCUGCAAAUAACACGGUGCUGUCUCGCUCAGACGUUCUUGGCCCAGAGUACCAUGAACAGCUGCGAAUGGGAAUCCUCGGUGUCAUGUUCCUGGUGGCACUGCUGGGAAACUCCAAGGUGAUGUGGACACUAAGACAAAAGUGGGAGAACCGAGGACGUAUGACCAUCCUCAGCUUCAACCUCACCCUAGCGGACACACUGGUCACUCUUAUAACCAUUCUAGGUCAGCUGCUGUGGGAAGUUCUGGACAAGCAUUGGUAUCUUUCAAACGGUGCCUGCAAAGUGUACAAGGUGGCGUCGACCUUCGCCAUCACUUCGAGCAACUACAUGCUUGUGGCCAUCGCUAUCGACCGGCACGAGGCGGUGGUGCGGCCUCUCAACCCUUUCAUCAGCGCUAAGAACCUGGUGCUGGCGGCCUGGGCAGUCAGUCUUCUUCCCUCGCUACCCAACCUCUUCAUUUUCUUAAGACACACUACACCUGAGGGCAAGGCGUACUGUGUGUCUAAGUUUUACACACAAGAGCUGGACACUAACUUCAGACAGGUGUACUUGAUGGUGGUGUUGGUGCUGGUAUUCAUCAUCUGCCAAGUACUGUUGCUGGUGCUCUACGUGAGGAUUUACUUCACCAUCUGGCGCAAGUCCUCGUACUUCAGGGGCGGUCAAAGAGGCAACAACAAUGACAGUCAGAGAUCCAACAGCCUCCUCCCAAAGGCCAAGACGAAAACACUGAACAUGACCAUUGUUAUUGUGGCCACGUUCUUUGUCACCAACACCCCUUAUGUCGUCCAGGAGCUGCUGAUCGCGUUCGGAAAUAUGGACAACAUAAAUCCUAACGUGGUGGCACUUUUUGGCAUCAUAUCAGCUUCGAAUUCCAGCCUCAACCCAUUCAUCUACCUGCUAUUCUGCCCUAAAGCAGAAAGAAGGUCACCAGAGAGCUACAGGGUCACCUUUUCCCGUCGCUGGCCUACCCUGAACAACCACCCGCUCUCCACUCCGGCCUCCGCUCAGACCUUUCUCACGUCCGGUAACUCCUGUAAGAGCAGCAACUGAUAUGAAGCGAAGAGGAGGAAGGAACACUCUCGCAGACCCGCUGAUUGACUCGCUAGAGAGAAAGUUAUUGGGAAGACAAGGCUGAACUGGUUGGUCCUUAAGGAAUGUGCCGCCAUCCCAAAAAAGACGGAGCGAGUGACACACACACACACAUUUUUAUUUGUGACAAAGAUUACGUACGUUUGUUCUCUAUGUGCGUAUCAAUAUCAGUGGUCCAAGUGGCUCCCGAUGUGCACAGUGACUUGCGGUGCUACAAUACGUGAUAUGUCCAAACAAUGACUUGCCUUUAGAACCUGACUGGUGGGGCACCGAUUCUCAAUAUGUAUAGAUUUACUACUUUUUGUUCCCACAUACUGGUGCACCACAGCAUUGUUCCCUAUGUGCGGUGGUGGUGGCUGUUUUGUGCCGGCAGGAUGUUCUGGCUCUAUAAUAUGGAGGUCACUGUCAGCCAUGCAAGAUGUGAAGAAUUACUGCCAGAUUAUCGUCGCUGAAAACCAAAGUUGCUUCACAGAUGUCAUCUUUUUCUUUUAUCAUCAUCAUUAUCAUCAUCAGCAUCAUCAUCGUCAUCAUCAUCAUCAUCAUCAUGUAUUUCUUUAUUCUUGUUUUUCUAUCCUUAUUUUUUCUCCCAUAAGUAGAAAUCCUCUCCUAAUACAGACACUCACACACCUAAUGGAUUUCUUAGUGAUUUCAGUAUAAUUAUUGCUUUUACGUCCUCUGUUUUUCAGAGUUGUGUGAUACUCAUUGAUACCGCACCUCGAUUGUCUUCAGUACUACGUUUGAUUUCGUUUACGGCUUUUUUUUUUUUCUUUUUUUUUAUUAGAGAAGUUUAAAUAUACAGUUUGGUUCGAUUCGGCUCGAUUAAACGCCAAUUUUUUUUUUUUUUCCCAAUAGCUCAUACUAUGCAUGAGGUUUUUAUUUUUUACUUUCCAUUCAGUAUAAACUAAUCACCAAACAGUGUGCUUUGUGUUGCAGGAAGGUCUGUGGUACCUGCUGAGCCCUGCACACCCACAGGCUUUUCUGGUGUAACUCAAGGCAUUUUUUUUUUUUUUCAUUCAGUUCACGUCUGUGUCUGUACGAGUGUUAGGUACUACUACUACUACUACUACUACUACUACUACUACUACUACUACUACUACUACUACUACUACUACUACUACUACUACUACU